AUGGAAAUAAUUACGUCAAAUAAAGGUAAUGACAAAAUAACGUUCAAAGGCCAUAUGUUCGUUAUCAAACACGAGGGAAAAAAAUAUUAUACAUGGAGAUGCAGUAAAAAGAGUUCUCUCAACUGUCCAGCUAUUCUCCAUACCUCUGUACAUAAAACAGACCCAGUACUGAAAAUUACGCAUCAUGAGCACCCUUCUGAGCCAGCAAAAAUUGAGGUUGCAAAAGCCAUUAUUAAAAUUAAAGAGACUGCGAAGUGUUCUGGAGCUAAUCCGUCGCAGAUGUAUGCUGAAGUAGUGUCACAAUUAGACGACUACACCAGAGCAAGGAUGCCUGUCGAAGAAACAUUGAAACGCACAAUUAGAAACUACAGAAAAAAGAAAAAUCCUAUCGAUCCAGCUACACUAGACGAACUUGAGAUUUUGGUAAGUCAUCAAUCCUUUGACAUUUAUUAA